UUUUUUAGUCAAAAGGGUUGACGUUCAGGCAUACCGACAACAUCAAUCACUGGUUGACGGCGAUGAAGAACGUGAAUGUUCCAAAUUUGUACAUGCCAGAAACUUCGGAUGUCUACAACCAACGUAACAUGCCGAAGGUUAUUUCUUGUAUUUUUGCGCUCAGUCACAUUCUCUAUCAGAAUGGAAUGGCGCCUAAAAUUCAAAAUCUGGUGGGCAAAGUAGAAUUCAGCGACGACGACAUCAGUGCCAUUCAAACGGCUUUGGUGCGCUAUGGCGUCAAGCUGCCGCAGUUCAGCACCGUGGGCGGUCAAUUGGCCAAGGAACUGAGCAGCGAUCUGGCGGGAAUGCAUGCGGCCAUUCUGGCCAUCAACCAGACAGUGGAUAAGCAAGUGACUGCAGAUACACUCGACGCACUCAAGAUCACCAAAGCGCACAUCGACCACGUGCAAGAGUGCUAUGGACAAGCGUAUCAAGAGAUGCUCUGGAGAGCACGUACCGCCAAACGACACAAGUCAUCCGAAGCGAUGAGUGCCUCGCAAAACAUCGAUGUGUAUCUGACUAAUCUCACCCAAUGCGAAAUACAGCACGUCAUCGAUGACGUCAAUCACGACAAGGCGCUGGGUGAGAUCAAUGCAGCCAUCAUAAUAUCAGAUGCACUUACACUGCAGACAGCACUGGAAAACCACCACGCAAUGGUCAGAGGCACCCGCCCGCACAUGGCCAAUAUCUAUCUCACGAAGCUGCAGCAGGUGCGCAGUACAGCUUUGAACUUGAAGACGAUCCAGAAGAUCAUCUCACAAGUAAACCAAAACACCGAAGAGACACAAAAGGAGCUGAAGAGACUUCAACUUCAGGAGAGUGCAGUGGCGGUGCAGGCGGCCGUCCGACUGCAGGCGUGGUGUAGAGGAGAGGCAACCCGCAAAUGGUGGAGAUCCCUGAAUGAUGAGGCGCUGGGUGAGAUCAAUGAAGCCAUCAUAGUGUCCGAUGCACUUGCACUGCAGGCAGCACUGGACAACCACCACGCAAUGGUCAAAGGCACCCGCCCGCAUUUGGCCAAUCUCUAUCUCACGGAGCUGCAACAGGUGCGAAGUACAGCUUUGAACUUGAAGACGAUCCAGAAGAUCAUCUCGCAAGUAAACCAAAACAUCGAGGAGACACAAAAGGAGCUGAAGAGACUUCACUUUCUGGAGAGUGCAGUGGCGGUGCAGGCGGCUGUCCGACUGCAGGCGUGGUGCAGAGGAGAGGCAACCCGCAGAUGGUGGAGAUAUCUGAGUAAGUAUCAUUUCAUCCCAAACCCCAAACCCUAA